AGUUUUCCCCAUUUCUUUUCCUGCUGAAAUGCCUUUGUUUUGGUUGUAAUUCCACCUCAUAUUAUGUGUGUUCCAAACGUCUUCUUGAGAUGUCCCUUACCAUAAUCCUCAAACAGAAGCCAACUUAAACUCAGUGCUUCUCUUAACAUUCUCUUUUAACAUAUUUCUGUAGAUAGAGGGAGAGUGAGAGGGAGAGAAUGGCAGCUUUUACUGUCUACUCUACACAAUCUCUGAGAUCAAAUUGCUCCAUCGCCACCCCAUCAAAAUCCCAUGUGGGAUUUCACCAAAAACAACAGUUAGUUUUCUACAAGAGAGGUAGUGACAGUACUAGCACCAGCAGAAGGUAUGUGAUAACAUGUGCAGGUGGUGACCAACAGACAAUUGUGAUUGGUCUAGCUGCUGACUCAGGAUGUGGGAAGAGCACCUUCAUGAGGAGGCUCACAAGUGUGUUUGGAGGAGCAGCAGAGCCACCAAAGGGUGGGAACCCAGAUUCCAACACUCUCAUCAGUGACACCACCACUGUGAUAUGUUUGGAUGAUUACCAUUCACUUGAUAGAACUGGUAGAAAGGAAAAGGGUGUCACUGCACUUGACCCAAAAGCUAAUGAUUUUGAUCUCAUGUAUGAGCAAGUUAAGGCAAUUAAGGAAGGAAUUUCUGUUCAAAAGCCUAUUUAUAAUCAUGUUACUGGUCUUUUGGAUCCACCAGAGCUUAUUAAACCUCCCAAAAUCUUGGUCAUUGAAGGUCUUCACCCAAUGUAUGACCCUCGGGUCAGAGAACUGUUGGACUUUAGCAUCUACUUAGACAUUAGCAAUGAGGUGAAAUUCGCUUGGAAAAUUCAGAGAGACAUGGCAGAGCGUGGACAUAGUCUUGAAAGUAUCAAGGCUAGCAUUGAAGCAAGAAAGCCUGAUUUUGAUGCUUAUAUUGAUCCACAAAAGCAAUAUGCAGAUGCAGUGAUAGAAGUGUUGCCAACCCAACUGAUUCCUGAUGAUAAUGAAGGGAAGAUUUUAAGAGUGAGGUUAAUACAGAAAGAGGGGGUGAAGUACUUUAGCCCUGUUUACUUGUUUGAUGAUGGCUCCACCAUUUCUUGGAUACCAUGUGGAAGGAAGCUUACAUGCUCUUACCCUGGCAUCAAGUUCUUCUAUGGACCAGACACUUACUAUGGAAGUGAGGUGUCAGUUGUGGAAAUGGAUGGACAAUUUGACAGAUUAGAUGAACUAAUAUAUGUUGAGAGCCACCUAAGCAACCUCUCUUCCAAGUUCUAUGGAGAGGUUACUCAACAAAUGUUGAAGCAUGCUGAUUUCCCUGGUAGCAACAAUGGGACAGGUCUCUUCCAAACCAUAGUUGGUUUGAAGAUAAGAGAUCUUUAUGAGCAGAUACUAGCCAGCAGGGCUGAGACUCCAGUAGGAGCAGCAAAAGCUUAGGAACCUGCCUGCCUUAUAUAUAGUUAUACAUAUUGGACAAGGCAGUCAUUGAGUUCCCAAAAUCAUUUUCUUAAUUUUCCAAAAUUUCUGUCUUUCAUGUGAGUUUGUGUAUUAUUGUUAGGCUGUUCUUCAAUGUAAUGAAAAGACUCUGCAUGUGUACUUAUACUCUUAAUACAGAGAAGAAAUAGCAGGGAUGAGAUUCAGUUA